AAGUAUUCUGAGCGUAUUUGAAGAAAGAUAUUACAGAGGUAGAGAAAUGUCAAAACGAUUGGACAGUAUCACCCGUUCAUCUGCACCCUCGGGCACUCCAACAGGUGCCAAACCAGCACUAAAAUUCAAACCAAAGGUGGUGUCCAGAAAAACAAAAGAAGAAAGAGAAAAUGCUGGAAAGAUAAGUACACCAGGUGUGAAUAAAAUAGUAGAAAAGAAUAACAGAAGAUUGACAAAGAAGCCGGGUCCAGGUGCUGCCGGUGGCAGGACAAACAAAAAACUGACAGGCACUCAGCUGGUCAUUUCAGGUCCCUUGUCCGAAGGUGCCAUUUCAUUGGGUGGAUCGGCUACUUACAACUCCUCAUCAGGGUCUGGUGGUAAAAAUCCGAUGAACCCUCUUCUGGAUAGGCUGAAGUCGAAGUCACAGGCGAAAGCGCUCAAGAACUCCAAAAUCAAGUCUGAAAAUGGUGAAAGGAAUCUGAAAGUUUUUGAUGACUCUGAUUCUGACAUAGAUGAUAAUGCUAUAGAUAUGGGGAAGAAAUCUUUGUUAGGCGACGAUCUUGUUGAUGGUGAUGGAGAUUUGGAUAUGGAAAAGAUAGAUACAGACUUGUUUCCUGUCCGCGCAGAAAGGAAUGAACACAGAGAAUACGGAGAGGAGGCCAAGGUCGAUAAGACUAUAAAAACAGAAUUCCGCAGUGAAAAGUCAGUUAUUCCUUCCGAAACUCCAUCGAGAGAGCCUACAGCCGAUGUGAUACCGGUUUCGGGAGACUCAUCUAAAUCUAGGGCAAUAAUCAAUGAGGAUGACGCAAAUUUACAUAUGAAUAAUUUUCAGGAACAGCUUGAAACCAAGCAAAUGGAGGAAGACUACAACAUAUUGUCUAAAAACCUGAAAAGCCUGGAUCUCGAGAACAAUAUGUUUUUCCUCCAGGUACCCUGUUCAUUGCCUGUUUUUGAAGGUGGACUCGACGGGCAGAUUGGAAAAAUUAGAAUACACAAGUCAGGAAAAAUGACUAUGAAUAUUGGAAAAGUCAAGUUUGAAGUUCUUCGAGGUGGCUCUUCAGACUUUAGACAGGAUGUGGUUCUUGUAGACAAGGAAAAGGGUUCCUGUUACCAUGUUGGUAAUGUCAAGGAUAAAAUCACAGCUAUACCGAAAAUUUUAUAAUCAUCUUCUAAGAUACACACACUUCUAUAUGCAGCUAAUACCGGAUAUUUAUGAAGAAAACAUGUAAUGUACAAUUUAAUUACUAGUGGACUAUUCAC